CUCCGUGCGUCACUCUUUGUCCCGCAGCUGUGGGCUCAGCACUGCGUCUGCGCUGGGGCGGGGUGAGGAGGGACACGUUUCCGGUUAGAGAGCGGAGCGGCCGCGACCCUGGAGGGAGGGGCUCGGGACCGACCGAGAGCGCAUGGAGCUUACCUGCACCGGCGAAGCGCCUAGAGCAGCCGGAAGCUGAAGUCUCCUCUGGCUUCUCUAUGAUCAGGUCUGCGCGAGGACCCGGAAGCCGAGUGUGAGCUCUUGGAUGUGGCCCCCUCUAGCGUUCUCGAGUCGCAUCGGAGGCGGCUGCAACCGAGAUGCAGAAGGCCUAUGAAAGUAAGCGAUGGUCCCUGGACUAUGGUGGCGCCGCCGAGCACCAGGUCCAGGAGGAGUCGGAGGAGAAGUUGGAUGAGCAUUUGAAGGAGAAGGAGGAGUUGGAGAAGGAGCCGGUGCAAGAGCCGGAGCGAGAGCCGGAGCAAAAGAAGAAGCAGGAGAAGCAGAAGCGUCCCAAGUUCCAGAUUAAGAAGCUGCGAUGCAAAAAGAUAGUGUAUUGCUUCAAAUCCAAAAAGAUGGGGCUGUACCGGCUCAUCAUGGACAUCAUAGUGAUGAUCCGAGUGUGUAAAAUGUUCCGCGAAGGCCUUAGGGGAUUCCGGGAGUUUCAAAUCAUUGCGUCUUCUCAGAGAAAGCAUCCUAUCUUCUCUGUCUGGGAUGUGAAGAAGCAAAGCCGAAUCACAUUUGAUACCAUGGACUUCAUUGCAAAGGAGGGUCACUUCCCUCCAAGAGCUAUAAAAAUCAUGGAGAAGAAGCCUUCUUGGAGGACAGAGCAGGAGAUCCAGGCCCUCCGUAAUGUCUUGCAGGAUCUAGACGGCUACCGGAACUACGCAGAGCCAAUGCAGCUGCUCCUGGCCAAAGUCAUGCGCUUUGAACGGUUUGGUCGCAGGCGUGUGCUCAUCAAGAAGGGGCAGAGGGGCAACAGCCUUUAUUUCAUCUAUCUGGGCUCAGUUGCAGUGACCAUGGAUGAUGAUGGCAGCAGUGCCUUCCUGGAUCCCUAUCCGAUAUUGCUGUGCAAGGGUAGCUAUUUUGGGGAAAUGGGCCUUAAGAAUGCUUCAAUAAGGAGUACCACCGUGGUCUGUAUGGAGGAAACGGAGUUAUUGGUUGUUGACCGGGAGGACUUCCUUGAGAAUAAUCUGGACCGGGAAGUUCAGAAGGAAGCUCAGCAUCAGUUUGAAUUUUUUAGGAAGAUGGAUCUGUUUGCACUGUGGUCUGAUGAGAAGCUCUGGCAGCUCGUAGGCCUGGGGAAGAUAGAGAAAUUCUCCUACAGGCAGCUGAUCUCAGAAGAUAUUGUAAAGUCACCUUUCAUCAGGUUUGUCUGCAAGGGCACCUGUGAGGUCCUGAGGCUGAUAGACCUGGGGGAGUCCCCUGCCUACCUCAAGUGGAUCUGGCAGCACCUGGGGCUGGUCGACGGCAGGCCUCUGAGGUACCACUUCAAUGAACCCUCUCCUAGGGAGAGAUUUAAGGAAUUCCAGAUCAAAUCAUAUCCUCUACAGGACUUCAGCUAUUUGAAACUUCUGCAUCUCCAGAAAGCCCGGGAGAAAAAGGGGACAAGUGUCAGUGGGACGAUCAACACCUCAGAAAAUAGCCUUCCAAAGCUCCUGGGCCCAAAGAUCAAAUCCAAGCAUACUCAUUCAAUCAAAUGGCCGAUGAUCAAUACCAAGUUUGGUGAGCUCCCCAAGGAGGCUGCCGUGGGGGCCUACAUGAAGAUCCACAAUGUGGAGCAAGGGGAAAUCGUGGGCUUUCACCUGUUCUUCCUCUCGGACGAUGAGUGUGACACACGGCCCUUCAUCCUCAUGAGCCUAGGAGCCGAGGUGAUACGGAUGAGGAGAGACAAAUUUUAUGAACUGAUUGAUGAUGAGAUAAGAGAGAGUUUGUCCAAGUCCAAGGUUGAGUACCCCAGUGAUGAAGAAAUAUGCCAGAAGUUCCUCAAGGAGAACAGCUGGAAUAUGUUUCAGAAGGACCUGUUGCGGCUGCUAGUGGAGCCUUGCCGGAGUCCACUGUUUAGCCCAAUCCGGCCCAAGAAGAAAGGGAUCUACGACCCCAAGUGCCUGGUCCUGGAUUUGUGUAGCAUCAACAAGAAGACUCAACCUCAUCAUCCUGUUUUUAUGGCACCCCGGAAAUACCUCCCUCCACUGAGGAUUGUCCAGGGCAUCAGGGCACCCAGGUACAAAAUCCAGGAGCUCCUGCCUCAGUAUAAGAGUGCGGGAGUCCUUGUUUAGAAUCAAUAAAAGGUGUUGGACUGGCCACCAUG